AUGGCGGAGAUGAUGAAGUCAAUGCGUGAAGAGAUUCGGAUGUUGAGAUAUCAACAAGGUCCAUCUGGUAAUCCUCAGCAUACCAGUUCAAAAACUGAGUCGCGGUUUGACAACCUUCUGCAACGGUAUUUUCCAUCACAACCUAAAGCUGGUAUAUCUUCUAAAAGUCCACCUCCUUGGUCGAUGCCACAACAACAACAACAUUUGCAUCCACCUCAACAGAAUUCUCCUAACAUGUAUGGAGGUACAUCACAACAAUUUCAGUACAUGUAUGGAUGCUCCUCCCAGUCCCCUCUAGAGCUUCAACAAGAUAAGAGGGGAGGUAGGCCUUAUCCCUCUGGGUUGAUCUCAGGUUUUCAGAACGCAGUUAGAUAUGGUGAUUUGGUCGAUUUAGAUUUGCUUGGGUAUCCCUUCACUUGGGAAAGAGGCAGAGGCUCCACAAAUUUCAUUGAGAUAAGGUUAGAUCGUGCUCUUGUUACCAACAGUUGGUUGAAUCUCUUCCCACAUGCUACACUUACUAAUGUUGAGGUUACUACUUCCGACCAUUACCCAAUCUUCCUUUCUCCUCUGCCAGUUCGUUCUGUGCAUCACAACCGCCCCUCUCGUUUUGAAAAUGCAUGGUUAAGGGAGUCCAUGUGCAGGAAAAUGGUCGAAGAUAUUUGGCUUUCUCAUUAUGGAAGCUCUUUUAGUACAAAGUUAACCAUUUGCGCGCGGGAACUAUCGAUUUGGGGUAAAGAGAUCGCAGGGGCUUUCCAGCAGCGCCUCACUGAAUGUCAACGCAGAAUUAAGCUUCUUAAAUCUUGUACAGAUGCUGACUCUAUUCGGUUGUUUAAUGAAGAGAAUAAUAAGCUGUUUGAGAUCUUAACUCAAAAUGAGGUCUUUUGGAGGCAAAGAUCUAAGAUGCUAUGGCUUAAAGAAGGAGAUAAUAACUCUAGAUUUUUUCAUGCAGCAACUAGAUCGAGAAAGCGUAACAAUCAGAUUGAGAAGCUUCGUAAUAGUGCAGGCGAUUUUGUUGAUUGGGACCAUGGAUUACAAGAUGUAAUGGUGGAUUAUUUUCAGGAUCUUUUUAGGUCCUCGGCCACAUCUUGGGAGUAUACUGUUCAGUGUAUUAAUCGUUCUAUUUCGCUUGAUCAGAGAGAAGUGAUGAUACAGCCGAUCGAGGAUGAGGAGGUUAAGAAGGCCUUAUUUCAAAUGCACCCAGACAAAUCCCCAGGCCCAGAUGGUAUGACUCCGGAUUUUUAUCAGAAAUAUUGGGAUGUUGUAGGAGAUGAUGUGGUGCAGCUGGUUCAUGACUUUUGGGAUAGGGAAGCAUUUGAGGAGGGAUUAACUUUUACAAAUAUUGUUUUGAUUCCUAAAAAGAAGCAGCCUUUAUCUAUGGGGGACCUUCGUCCAAUCUCCCUUUGCAACGUUCUCUAUAAAGUUAUUUCAAAAGUUCUGGCUAACAGAUUGAAGGGCGUUAUUGAUUCAGUUAUCUCAGAGACUUAA